AUAUAAUAUGUAUUUAUCUUUAAUUAUCAAGCAUAAGAAUCAAUAAAGAAUCAUUUCAUUCGUUUUUGACUACCUUUACAUCUAAUAAUGAUAGAAAUGAAAAUACAGAAAUUGAAUUGUUCAAAUUUGGUGAGCCGUAUUUGAGCCAAGCAAGCGUUGACUCAGCUGACCCUCGUGGAGUAAUAUUUUCAACUGCUUCCCAUCCUUCUUCUACUCUGGCGACCCAAACAAUAGGCGCGUGAAGCCACCAUUCCCUAUUUUGCAGAUUUUUUUUUACAAAAUCCCCUUUUUUCUCAUUUCACAAUCUCAAAUCUGAAUUAACCACCGGAGAAGAAGAAGAAGAAAGAUGUUGUUCGACAUACUUUUACAGGUGGCGAUAUUUCUGGUGUUGCUGUUCAUGUUCCUAUUCGUCCACGAGGUGCCCCAAAAGCUAAUCUCCAAGCUCCGUCUCCUCACGCGCCGAUCCAAUCUCCAAGCCAGGCGCCACUUCGUUAUCGGCGCGCAGCUCCUCUCUCAGGCCAGAUCCUCCUCCUCCGACUUCCGAUCCCUAGCCGAGCGAGCCGCCGCCGAAGCCGACAAAGCCAUCGCCCUCGAUCCCAAGGAAGCCGCGUCGCACAUACUGAAGGCGCUCGCGCUGGAGCUGCUAGGGUUCAAGACGUCGGCUCUCGAUUCGCUUGACGCGGCGCUGUCGCCGCUGGCGGCGAAGUCCCUGAGCGACGAAGAGAGAGGCGACGCGCUGUUCAAGAGGGCGGAGUUGCGGGCGGCGGUCGACGGAGGGGGAGGCGCGGCGGUGGAAGACCUGGUGGAGUCGGUGAGGCUGAAAGGGGAUAAUGCGAAGGCGUACGGGUUGUUGGGGGAGUGUUAUGAGAAGAAAGGGCUGAUUGAUGAAGCCCAAAAAGCCUAUGAAAAUGCUCUUCGUGUCCAGCCCGAUUACGUUUUGGCCCGUGACAGUUUGACCCGUUUAGGAUUUUAAUGAAAAGGCCCAGUUGUUUUUUAUUUAUUUGUUUUUCCCCCUGUUGUUCUUGCAAAUUAUGAUUGAAUUUUAAAAUUUUAUAUUCA